AAAAAUAUAAUUUUAUUUUUAUUUUUGUAUUCGUUUUAUAUCCAUAGAUCUGGUGAGUUGGAAAAACUUCUUUGACUUAAAAAAACAGUUUCAUUUUUCUUUGUAGAUUCGUUUUAUAUCUCAGUACAUGUGGGAAGUUUGUCCAAAUUAUUGUACGAAAAUCAAAUUUUAUUUUCAUCCUUAGACUCGUUUUCUCUCAAAAGUUCGGGUGAGUUCGAAUCAAUUUAGUAAAUUAAAAUAUAAUUUUCUUUUUAUUUUUAGAUGGUUAUCGUAGGAAAACGUUUGGUGAGCUAUGAAAUUCGUUGAUUAACUACUUCGGUUGAAUUGUGUUUUACAUGAAAUGGGUGAUUAUUGGUUUGGAUGUGAAGAAAACGGGUGAGUUUAGAUGAUUUUUCUACGAAAAAUUGGUUUGUUUCUUCAUUUUUUAGGUGGAAAAAGUCGCAAUGUUCAGCUUCGUGAUGGUUUGGUAAUGGUGCGAUGAAGUGCGUCUGGAUAACUAAAAGUUUUCUCUGAAUACUAUGUGUUGCCGACCUUUAAUGACUGUUCUAGUUAUUUCUGGCUACGGAUAGCUUCAUAGCAGAGCCUUAUUGAACGUCUGUGGUCGCUGUGAAUGCUUUUUGCUGGUGGCAGAGAAGUGAUGGAUUCUUGUCUAGUCUAGUUUGGUAGAGCUUUACCGGCAUUCAGAAACCUUUUCUUUGGGUUUCCGCAGAGGUAUUUGAGGUUUAGCUAUAAUGGGUACUAUGGGUUUCCGAGGUCUCGGAAACCCUUCUGCGGAAACCCUUAAAAGGUUUCCUAUAGUAACAAACUCGGAAACCCUCUAAGAGUUUUCGAGAAUACCUAUUUUUUUCAGAGUGAUGUAUACAUCUGACUGACUAUCUUUGUUUUGUGUACUCAAAAAGUACACUAUAGAAUCGCUCAGUGUGUCAGGCCGGCCGUUUACACGAUAACACUUGAGAAUAUGAACCUAUUGUGAUGAAAUUUUCUGCAUAGGAUUGGGUGGAGGUGGGGGUAAACAGAAGACCCAUCUACACUCACAUCCACACCCUACUUUAAAUGUUUUUUUUAUGUACAUGUCAAAAAAUCUCACCAACAAAUAGUUUAUGUUAAUCAUUUCGAUCUAGCAUAUCCACGACUUGGUGUUGAUGAACAAAAAAUAAUCGGCGAUUUAAUUAGUAAUCAAUUUAGUUUAGCUACUAUAACAUAUAAUCAACAAUUAACAUCUUCAAAAUUUAUUAAAGAAUGGACAGAUUUAGAAAAUAUUAUUGAAAAAAGAGAUGAUUAUUAA